AGCUUGCGGCUUUAUAUUUGGAAAUUUGGUUUUUUCUUCAGCAAUAAAUGAAAUUGACUGUAAAUAACAUAUGAGUUUUGUUAUUUUUACUUUCGGUUUAACCUGAAUUAGAAAAGUAUCCAUCAAGAUGGGUCGGCGUUCCAUAAAUACCACCAAGAGUGGUAAAUACAUGAACCCUACGGACCAAGCACGUAAGGAGGCUCGUAAGAAAGAAUUAAAGAAAAAUAAAAGGCAAAGGCAGAUGGUGAGGGCAGCGGUGCUUAAAAUGAAAGAUCCUACUCAAAUACUAGAAGAACUUCAGAAAAUUGAUGAAAUGGAGUAUAAUGUAUUGCAACCAUCACCACUCAAUGAAAAAGUUUUGAAGGAGAAAAGAAAAAAAUUGAGAGAGACUUUUGAUAGGGUUUUGAAGAUGUAUGACAAGGAUGACUCAGAAAAGUGGGUAGAAUUGAAACGCCAAGAGAUGGAGUAUGAAAAGCGGAGAGCCCACCUGAUAUCAUACUAUGAGUCUGUCAAACAUGCUCAGUCUGUACAAGUUGAUGACAUCCCAUUGCCUACUUUACAAGUUCCUGAAAAUAUCAUAUACGGCAAUGUACCAUCUCAAAUUCCACUGCCUCUAGACACUGUACAUCCAAAUUUAUCAGUCAGACCUAUUUUGAAGAAGGACUCAGUUUAUAAAGAAAGACCAUCAGGCAUAGAACCACCCGGCGUGCCCCCUGGCCCGCCGCCAGACUAUGAAGCCCUAAUACAGGAAACUGCGAAUGCUUUAGACAAACUACAUAAAGAAAAGAAAACAUUGCGCUUCUCAGACCUGCCCGACGAAGGACCGCCUGGGGAAAGUAGACCAAACCAAUUACCACCUCAGCAACCGGUACACCAACCAGCUCCGGAAGCCAUAGAAGCUGAAGAUCUGGAUGGAGAAGCCAUGGAUGAAGACCACGAGUUGGAAUCACCAUUGGCUGCCCAGCAGGCCCCAAAACCCACGUCACUGCAGCAAAGAAUGUUGGCGCUAUCUGGACAGAAUAUAGACGACUUUAUGAAAGAGAUGGAAGAGGUACACAGGAAGAGGGAAAGGGAUAGAGCGGCUGAUUUGACUGCAAGAUUGAGUGCCCUGAAGCGCACGGGGCACGGCGGACGGGACAGCGACUCGGACAGUGACAAUGAGCCACACGCGACCCAUCACCACAACCACCACGACUUCACGCUGGAGCCGCCGGGCGCCGAGGUCCGGCAGAUACCGCCACCGCUGCUGCCACCAGGUCUUCGGCCGCCUAUGCUGAGACCGCCCGGAGCCCCACAAGGUGUACCCCCGGGAGCCCCACCGGGUUUACCCCCUGGCAUUCCUCAUGGAGGACCUCCCGGACCACCGCCCGGACAACAUCCCGGAUUACCCCUUGGAAUGCCAGGGUCAGGUCACCCAGGCGUGCCCGUCAUGCCAACUGGAGCGCCGCCGGGGCCCCCGCCAGGCCUGCCAACACGAGGGGGGCUGCGUCCCCCAGGCCCGCCACCAGGGGCGCCGCCUCGCCUGCUCCGGCCAAUGGUACCACCGCCACCGCCACACGUCUCCGUCCUCUCCGCCGCACCACAGCUUAUAUCAAAGAAGGAUGCCGCUCAAGGCGCAACGAUAAGCGCGAAGCCCCAGAUCAGAAAUCUGUCAGCCGACGUGACCCGGUUCGUGCCAUCCGCUUUAAGGGUGAAGCGAGAAGACAAGAAGGCUAAGCCAGAUAUGAGAUCGGCAUUGCAAAGACCGACGGAACAACCAAAAAUGGCGCCUAGCAAAGACGACGCUUAUAUGCAGUUUAUGAAAGAAAUGGAAGGUUUAUUAUAGGAUAUUAGGUUAAGUAAUAUUAAUUAAUUAAAUAAACAAAAAUAGGUAUCGAC